UGGCACAGGGGCCAAGGGGUUCUGGGUGCCAGGACGGCGCGUUUGCAUUAUGUCACGUCCGCAGAGACGGGGCCCAGCGGUGUUUGACCCCGGCGCUCGCUGCUCCGGGCUGCUGCCAGCCGAGCCCGUGCCGCGCCGGGCUGCCAGCAUCGGCCCCGGAGCCAUGGGGCCUGCCAGACCCUCACCCAGCUGCCCCUCGAUCUGCAAGGUACCAGGGGCACCUUCUCGCCCAAGGUGGGCAUAGCUGAGCAGCCAGCCGCCCGCUCGCCCGCCUCGGCAGGCACGGCUUGUCAGGCCCCUGGCCCCGCGCUCAGGCCGGCCGCAAAGGGAGCAGGCACAGGCCGGGGGCAGGACUGCUCCUCCUCACAUCUUUCCUCCUGCACAUGAAAACGGGCCGUUGCAGCCCAACACGGCUGGUCUGCGACACCAGACUCAUCCAGAAGUACAUUGGGGAGGCAAAGGACAUGGAGAAGGAAGUGAGCCAGUGCCAGGCGCUGCCUCCACUCAGCUGCCCCAUGGUGCUACCCUUGGUGGACUUCAGCCUCAAGCAGUGGAGAACCAAAACGAACGAGACCAAGCGGCAGGAGAUCCUGUGCGACCUGGCACUGCUGGUGGGCGCUGUGACAGGGGCCCAGAGUCAGGCGACCCAGGAGUGCACAGGCACACAGCUGAGCCAGCUUUACAGACAUGCCAACUCCUUCCUCCUGCUCCUGCAGACCUUCAGCUGGAAGGCAGGACCCCAGGAGCCAGGCUGCUCUCCACGCUCCAUGGAGUGGACAGACAUCUCUGGGAUCUUCCUCACCUACCGGCAGCUGGUGCAGGGAAAGCUGCGCUUCUUCUUCCACGACCUGGCCAAAGACUCAUGCAAACAAGGCCAGGGGGGUGGCAGAGACGCCCCACCUAGAACCUGGUGAGGCUACGCACAGGGCUCACCACUGAUCCAAGGGCAGAGAAAAUCUGGAGGAUGCUGGGACAUAUUCUGGGUGCCCAGGAAGGUGCCCCCUGGGAAAGGGUUGACUCCUUUUCCACAAGCCUUUGGCUACAACACAGCCCCUGGAGGCUGACAGAAAUACCUGUGCACAGGCCCUGCUGUGGGCAGCUCUACUGUG